AUGGCCACCGAACCAGUCAUUCCCAUGCCUCCUAAAGAAGUCGAGGAAAUCGACAUGAUUGACAAAACCCUCAUAUUUCCAACCUUUACCGCAGAGACAGCGUGGCUAUUGGGCUCGAGACUUCGCACCAAGUUGCUCGCCUUCUCAAAACCAGCCAUCAUCGACAUCUCUCUCGCCAACGGUAACCACUGUUUAUUCCACGCCGCGACUCACUCUGGCACGACCCCCGACAAUGACGUUUGGGUGUCGCGAAAGCGAGCCUCUACUCUUCGAUUUGGGACUUCAACAUGGCUGCUGCACAACAAAUACAAAGGCGAUGAGCUUGCAUUUGCUUCCAAGUUUUCCCUUGGAGCUAAGGCAGGCGACUAUGCGAUUCAUGGUGGAGGCUGGCCGGUUCGCGUUCAAGGAGUGGAGGGUGUCGUGGGCGUGAUUGUGGUGUCUGGACUGAAGCAGGAGCAAGAUCAUGGUAUUAUCAUUCAGGUUGUGGGAGAAUAUCUCGAAGAACUGGGGGUGGAGAUUGGGGAGAAGAAGAAGGAAGACUGA